GGCGAAGCGGCAGGAGCGGCGGCGGGAGCGGGGCCGCGCGGCGGGGCGCGGGGAGCAGCGGCGGCGGCCGAGCCGGAGCAACAUGGCGCCGGUGGGCGGGGGCGGGCGCCCGGGCGGCGGGCCGGCCCGAGGGCGCCUCCUCCUGGCGGCGCUGCUGCUGCUGGUGCUGAUGUGGGCGCGGGGGGCCCGGGGCCAGGGCGACCCCCAGCGGGGCGCCAUCCUGGGCAUGAGGCUGGCGAGCUGCAACAAAUCGUGUGGGAUGAACGCGGAUGGCAUCAUCUUCGUGUCCGAAGGCAGCACGGUGAACCUGAGGCUGUACGGCCAGAGGCUGGGCUCCAUCUCCAGCAACCUGAUCUCCUUCACCGAGGUGGACAACUCCGAGGCCAUCCACAACUCCACCAACUGUCCCGAGCUCACCAAGGACCUGGUCGUCCAGCAGCUGGUCAACGUGAGCCGCGGGAACACGUCCGGGAUGCUGGUGGUGCUCACUAAGUUCCUCCGGAGGAGCGAGAACAUGAAGCUGUAUGCAUUGUGCACCCGGGCCGGGGUGGACGGUCCCUGGCAGAGGUGGACCGAUAAGGACUCGCUGCUCUUCAUGGUGGAGGAGGCUGGGAGGUUCCUGCCCCUCUGGCUGCACAUCCUCCUCAUUAUGGUGCUGCUGGGGCUGUCGGGCAUAUUUUCUGGCCUCAACCUGGGGCUUAUGGCCCUGGACCCCAUGGAGCUGCGCAUCGUGCAGAACUGUGGCACACAGAAGGAGAGGCGCUAUGCCCGCAAGAUCGAGCCCAUCCGGCGCAAGGGCAACUACUUACUCUGCUCGCUGCUUCUGGGAAACGUGCUGGUCAACACGUCCCUCACCAUCCUUCUAGACAACCUCAUCGGGUCUGGGCUCAUGGCGGUGGCGUCUUCCACCAUUGGCAUUGUCAUCUUUGGGGAGAUCGUACCUCAGGCCUUGUGCUCCCGACACGGCCUGGCUGUGGGUGCCAACACUAUCAUCCUCACCAAAUUCUUUAUGCUACUCACCUUCCCCCUCAGUUUCCCCAUCAGCAAGCUCCUGGAUUUUGUUUUGGGCCAGGAGAUUCGCACCGUUUACAACCGGGAGAAGCUGAUGGAGAUGUUGAAGGUAACGGAGCCCUAUAACGACCUGGUGAAAGAGGAGCUAAAUAUGAUCCAGGGUGCCCUGGAGCUACGGACCAAAACCGUGGAGGAUAUCAUGACCCAGCUCCAAGACUGCUUCAUGAUCCGCAGUGAUGCCAUCCUGGACUUCAAUACCAUGUCGGAGAUCAUGGAGAGCGGCUAUACCCGCAUCCCCGUGUUUGAAGACGAGCAGUCCAAUAUUGUAGAUAUUCUCUAUGUCAAAGACCUGGCCUUCGUGGACCCUGAUGACUGCACCCCCCUCAAGACCAUCACCCGCUUCUAUAACCACCCAGUGCAUUUCGUCUUCCAUGACACCAAGUUGGAUGCCAUGCUGGAGGAGUUCAAGAAGGGGAAAUCCCACCUGGCCAUCGUGCAGAAGGUGAACAACGAGGGUGAAGGUGACCCCUUCUAUGAGGUGCUGGGUCUGGUCACCCUGGAGGACGUCAUUGAGGAGAUCAUCAAGUCUGAGAUCCUGGACGAGUCGGAUAUGUACACGGACAACCGAAGCCGGAAGCGAGUAUCUGAGAAGAACAAACGUGACUUCUCAGCCUUCAAAGAUGCUGACAAUGAGCUCAAGGUGAAAAUUUCACCUCAGCUACUUCUGGCUGCUCAUCGCUUCCUGGCCACGGAGGUUCCCCAGUUCAGCCCCUCUCUGAUAUCAGAGAAAAUCCUGCUUCGGUUGCUCAAGUACCCAGAUGUCAUUCAGGAACUCAAGUUUGACGAGCACAACAAAUACUACAUCCGCCAUUACCUGUACACCCGAAAUAAGCCGGCCGACUACUUCACCCUCAUCCUGCAGGGGAAGGUGGAGGUGGAGGCCGGGAAGGAGAACAUGAAGUUUGAGACAGGCGCCUUCUCCUACUACGGGACCAUGGCCCUGUCGUCGCCCACCUCUGUGCCUUCAACCCAGGUCGGGUGUCCGCCUGGCAAGCGGAACUCCCUGCUCUCCUGGCUCUCAGACCACUCCCCAUCCCACCCUGCCACCCUCAGCCGCUCGGCCUCCCUUAGUUACCCGGACCGCACGGAUCUCACGAGCACAGCCACCUUGGCAAGCAGCACCAACCAGUUUGGCAGCUCCAUCCUGGGCCAGUACAUCUCCGACUUCAGUGUCCGGGCGCUCAUGGACCUCCAGUACAUUAAGAUCACUCGGCAACAGUACCAGAAUGGGCUGCUGGCCUCACGCAUGGAGAACUGCCCUCAGUUUCCCCUGGAUGGCUGCACCAUCUGCACAGAGAACUUAGCCGGGAAGUCCGAGUUGCCCGUGGUAGAUGAGACCACAACUCUUCUCAAUGAGCGUAACUCUUUGCUGCACAAAGCUUCCCAUGAGAGCGCCAUCUGACAGCAGGGCCCGGGGUCCCCCGCCAGCCCCGCGGGGGUCUCCCCAGUGGGCCCACAUGAAGAUAGGGAGGCUUUUAGGCCAGAAGAGGGACAGAUAGCCUGUCUAACUGAGCAGCCAGAUGGCCCCCAGAGUGUGGGGAGUUUUGGCCUCUGACAGGGACCUCUGAAUAGCUCCAAAUUAGCGGCUGCCCAGCCCUGGACUGGCAGGGCAGUGGGCCAGCUACCAUGAGCAAGGCUGUUUUUUACUGAGAGAAUUUCUGAACUAGGCUCACUGCUCCUCUUUUUAAAUAUUGUUUGGGGAAAGGAAUGGGGAAGGGAAGACAGGGUUAAGGAACUUUAUUUAAAACAAAAAAAAAUGUUUUUUCCACAAAAACUUCAAUGAAAAAGGGUAGGGUUUCUCACCCCGGGAAGCAAUAGCCAUAAUCUGCUCCCGGCCAUGACCUUCUGGCUUAUGUCCCUGAUUCAGGGAGCCCACUCCUCCUCUUCCUCCUCCUCCCCUUCGUCCUCCUCCAGAGAUGCUAUCCCAGAGGCCCGCUGGAGGAAGGUUUUCUCUUGGGAGGAAGACAGUUCCUUCCAGGAAGCAAAGAACCAAAUAGCGUUGAGAACAACUGCCUGGACACAUGCACUGAGGCUUGUCUGACGUCGCUGAGGCCUAGGGAUUCUGGGUAACUGUGAUGAGGGACAUGGUACUCCCGGCUACAGAGAGGAGCCCGCCCACUCCUGUCAACCGCUGGAUCCUGGAAUUUCCUAGGACUCUGCUGAUGGGCUCUCCUGGUGAGUUGGGCCAGGCUGAGGACUCUCACCCUUGUCUCUACUCGUUUGACUCAGAGUGUUUAGCAGGGUCUGACACUUUUAAGAUUGCUUACCCCUGCUUCCCAGGCCCUGCCCUUACUUUUACCAAAGGUUUCCCCCUCGGUGGGAGAACAUCUACAUUACGGGUGACUUGUCUGAGAUACUCCUUUCAGUUCCAGGAGGGAAUCUCGUCACGGGCAUCUGUGUUGGUAGCAAUUAAGACCAUCCCCUUUCCCACCCUGCAGUGAAAGUCAAGUGUCAGUCACUGACCUAUGAAGCCCCUCUUUUCAGACUCCCUACUUCUCAUCCCAAAGCCCAUUGCUUCUUGGGGAUUGAGGACAGCAGGACACAUAGGAAGCCAACCUAAGCAGGUUCUUCAUGCCCUCCUUUCCUCUGUGGCUGAGGUUUACCCAACCUUGUUCACACACUUAAAAAACCCAGGGAAGGAUGUUUCCACCUAAAAGACACACAACUGGCAGCCCUGUUGCCCCCGUCUUUAUAAUCCUAGCCUGAGUUGUCAUCCUGGCCCUUGCUGAAGCUAGUGGUACUGGAUCCUGAGAGCUCCCCCCCUACCCACAUGAAAUUCUGCCCCAGUGCCUUUUCCCUGGGGCUGAAUGAGGCCCUGCUGCAGAGCUCCAGGCUUGCCACUGUUGGGGAGGCUGUGGGACUAAGGUCCACGUUGGCCCUUUUGUCGGGUGGAAAGGUUGCUGGGGGCCCAAGAUCAGGCGGGGGAGACUCUGCACACCUUCCACCUAAGUGGUAGUUAUUGACCCUUUCCUCAGCCAGUGACUUCUGUCACCCCAAGUGCUCUGUUCUUCAGGCACCUGGAGAAUCCUAGCUUUUGGGACCAGGAAGUGUCUGCACCAAGUAUACUUGCCCCUGGCUGGUUCUGAAGUCUCCCCUAGUCACAGAAUUUAUUCCUCGAAGUCUGGAGAGAAGGUGGUGACACCCAUGGGUUCUCAGUCAUGAGGAAAAAAACCCACCGGACCUUUAUUCCCUGUCGGGGGAAACCCCUCAGUUUUCUACAGGAGCAGCUUGCUUUCCGAGUCCACAUGGGAGCUUGCAAAGCUGUGUUCCUGAGAGACCUGAGUGCCAGGUGGGGCAAACCACAUUGGCCUGAACCAAGUGAGUGUGUGAAGUAAAAGGAGCAGGUGCACACACUUCCACAGCUACCUCUUUGCACACACGGUUACCACCAACAGAUGGUCCUCCCUUUCCCCACUUAUAAUCAUUUCUUGCAGAGGGUCAUAAUUAUCUCCAAAUAUUACUGGUCCGAUGACUUCCUCCUCCCAGUGCAAUUUUUUACUUCCUAUUCCAACCUCUGGUUCCUGGGCCGAGCCGUACCCUGGAACUGGCCCACCCCUGCGUGUCUUCUCAUGUAAGGGAGACUGUCGCAAAUGGCCUCCAAAUGGGUAGGCAAGUCACAGCCACCGUAGCGAAUAACUCAUAUUUAUUUUGCAUAAGAUUUUAAUUUGUAUAUUUUUGUGAUUUAUUUUGGCAUUGUUAUGAGUUUGACUCUCGGGGAGUUUUGUUGUUAUGACUCUUGUGUCUUUUGUCACAAGACAAUGAUAAUAUUUGCUAAACAAUAUAUGGAAUUUAUUUUUGAUUGGUAAUAAAAAAUGAAAUA